ACACCAGAAAGAGAUAAUUCAAGUUUCCAAGUGGUGGAAGGACCUCGGUUCGGCUGAGGAGUGGCCGUUUGCAAGGGACCAACCAACAAAAUGGUAUUUGGAGUCCUCGGUAUGCCUUACAGAUCCAAGCUUAUCAGACCAAAGGAUUGAGCUCACAAAAUCUAUUUUCCUGAUUUAUUUAAUUGAUGACAUCUUUGAUCUUCAUGGGACACUUGAUGAACUCACGCUCUUCACUCAAGUUGUCAAUAGAUGGGAUUAUACAGACAUGGACCAACUGCCAGACUACAUGAAGACAUGUUUCAAGACUCUUUGUGACAUAACUAAUGAAAUCAGUCACAAGGUUUACAAGGAGCAUGGAUGGAACCCAAUUGAUUCCCUAAGGAAAACGUGGGCGAGUUUAUGCAACGCAUUUCUGGUAGAAGCAAAAUGGGUUGCUUCACGGUUGCUCCCAAAGCCUGAUGAAUACUUGAAGAAUGGAAUACUUAGUUCCGGAGUGCAUGUGGUGCUAGUGCACACUUUCUUUCUGUUGGGUCUAGGUUUUACCAAGGAAAAUGUGGAGCUAUUAAACAACAAUCCAGGCAUAAUAUCAUCCACGGCGUUACUUUUUCGACUCUGGGACGACCUGGAUGAGAAACCCGAUGGCCAAGACGUAUCUUAUGUGGACUGCUACAUAAAGGAACAUCAAGGCGUCACAGUAGAAGAUGCAAGAAAGCAUGUUAUGCAAAUGAUUUCAAAGGCCUGGAAGCAGCUGAACAAGGAGUGCCUCUCUCCAAAUCCAUUUCCUGCAUCAUUCAUAAAGGCUUCCCUCAAUAUUGCAAGAAUGAUUCCUCUCAUGCACAGUAAUGAUGCGAACCCGUUCCUUCCAAGUGUGGAGGAGUACAUGAAAUCCGUUCUAUAUUGAAGAAAAACUUCGACAGGAAAUAGCAAUCAGUGAACAUGUUAAAUGCCAACUCAUAGUGUCUUUAUGUACCAAGCUACUCCUUUCUCUUUAUUUUUCCCAUCUAGCUGAAACCGUUAGCUUCUCCAGGUAUUAGAAUAAGAGUGGUUAUCUUCAAAUAAAGCAACAAGAACAUCAAAUCUGUGGAAAGAAGAGUAGUUCAAGUAAUAAAAUCUAAGUAGCAAC